GGCAUUUGUUUCGGUUUUUAAAUUUCGUUACACAAAACGGGGACACCUCAAUUAAUAAGUAUUGCAAACUGUUAUAUUUUCUUGUAAUAACAAGUAAAUGAGUCUGGGCGUUGACAGAAAUUUGUACAAAACUAUGCUGGAUUAUUAAGUUAAUAAUGUCUUAUUUUCCAAAGAAGAAUGACAAAGUUUCAUUGAGCCCUCGGAAGUACUACGCACCAGGUAGCGUUCCUACGGACCCUCUCCAUGACGGCUAUUUCGCACCCUACCCGUAUACGUACACAUACGACGUUCCGAGCAUACGUCAUAUGCGAUCUCUGUACGGUCGCGGGGCAAUGUCUGAGUACGGGUACCGGUCACCAUACGCGUACCGGGCGGACGCGUUCAGAUCCGAAGCGUACAGGCCGGAAGUGUACAGAACCGAAGCGUACAGGCCGGACGCGUACAGAUCAGAGGCGUAUCGGACGGAUACGUAUAGACCUGAAUCAUACCGGACGGAGCUGUUCGGGGGCCGCUACCAGCCCUACCUGAGCGAGGACGAACUCGAGUACUAUUACCUGCACCACCCAAGGUUCAGCCGAUACUAUAGGCACUGGUGACGAGCUCGAUCAUUCAACGGAUUUCAUAAAUGUUUGCUAUGUGUGUUCAAUAUAAACGAUCCCUGAAUUUUGUCUCGUUCAUAAAUUCAUUGUCAUGGAAUUGGAAUACAGUGUUGCAUGUUCUAAGUAAAAUCGUUAUUUAUUGAUGGUCCAUGUUAAGUGUUAUAAAGCAAAAAUAAAUUGCAUCCUAUAAAUGUUUAAGCUAAAAAACAAAUGUUCCGAGAUUGGAAAAGGGCAGGUGGCGGUGCAUAUGUCAUGUGCUUACUUUGUUGAUUAUUUUUUUCACAGAGUUAUUGUCCUCGACUUGUGUUCAUAAAGUAUGCUUAUGGCAUAAUUAUUGCCCGGACUAUAUUUCUCGACUACAUGUUUGGUUCGAGAAAGACUAAGGGAAUUUCCAUUUGCACCAGCUUGGAUGUGAUAUCAGUUUAUUAUAUCUAUGGCAGUCUCGUUAAAAUCAGAGCCCCAAAUACUCGUUUCACGACGUUAUGCUUUUUGUACACAACCUUAUAUUUACAUUCGCACUUGAUUUCCUCUACGAUGGAAUUAUCGUUAAUCAGCCUGUAGGCGGAGCUUCACAAGAAAGGAUUGGGCCAUACAUAAAUUA